AUGGUCGGCGUAAUAGACAUCGCAGAGCUCAUCAAGAACUCUCCCUUCGAGCUCACGGAUGUAGACAAGGCCGUUCUCAACACGGCAGAGAAGGACUUUGUUCCUCACAGCUGGGAUGAUAUCAAAGCCGUAAUCGCCGGCGGAGACAUGUCCCUCCUGCGGCGGACUCCGACCGACCUCCGCAACUAUAUUCUGUGGACACGAGACAUCCGCUCUCAGUUCGGCUCCGCAACGACCUACAUCGUGCAGAACCGGCUGCGGUGGACUCCGGAGUCUCCCCAGACCGGCCCGUCGCUGUUCGCCUACCGCAAUGCGACGCCCUUCGCAGACGAGUCGGACUACCGGAUUCUCCGCAACGACUGGCCGUACGCGAUGAUGCCGGGCACGGUGCAUCUGGUCGUGUGGAGCAAGACGCCUGUCGCUGUGGAUGCGGAGGGCGAUCCGACGGCGGAUUCUCGUCGGUGUAUCAUGGAGUUCUUGGAGAGGACGUUCGGGGAUGAAAUGAGGCAGCGGAAGCAUGUGGGGGAUAAUAUCUUGUGGUUUCGGAAUCGGACGGUGUGGCAGAGUGUGCGAUCGCUAGAGCAUGUUCAUGUUAUUUUGAGAGACGUCGAUGAGGACUUUGUGACCCGAGUGACUGGGCAGCGUCCGGACGAUGCCCACUGUCGGACGUAUUCUCCUGUGGGGGUUGUUUAG